AUGGCCCACGCAACUCCUUUGACGGCGGAAACGCCGCUGCCGUCCGCUUCGCAGGAGCUCCAGCGCCCGCGCCGGCUAUCCGUGACCACUGCGAACGCGCUGACGAACUUUAGCGCGUUGCAGGCGCAAUUCCGUGCCCACCGCCUCGUGGUGUUCCUCGAUUACGACGGGACGCUGACACCGAUCGUGAACGACCCGGCGCUGGCUCUGCUGCCACCUACGACGAAGCACACGCUCGAGAAGCUGCGCGAGAAGUUCAUUACCGGUGUGAUCACGGGCCGCUCGCUGGACAAGAUCCAGAAGUUUGUGGGCCUUCCGCAGCUCUACUACGCUGGCAGCCACGGCUUUGAUAUCAAAGGACCAGACGGGACGUCGAUCAAGAACCAAGUGGCGUCGCAGUUCCUUGUGGACUUGCGGGCGGUGCGGGACGAACUGCGGGCGCAGAUUCAAGGCAUUGACGGCGCUGAAGUGGAAGACAAUGUCUUCUCCGUGUCGCUGCAUUUCCGAAACGUCGAUCAAGCCUUGUGGCCACAGAUGUCGAAGAUCGCGUACGCUGUGCGGGAUCAGCACCCACGUAUCAAACUCAAUGAGGGGAAGAUGGUCUACGAGUAUAAGCCCAAGCUUGACUGGAACAAGGGAAAAGCGCUGCUGUGGCUUCUCCAGGCGCUUGAACUGGACGAGCACGAUGACGUCUACACUAUCUAUAUCGGCGAUGACACUACUGACGAAGACGCGUUUCAGCUCUUUCGAGCACAAGACGCUCGCAAGGGCGCCGGCAUCAUUGUCACUGAAGAGAGCACGUCCACGAACGCAUUGUUCACGCUGCGCGACACCAACGAAGUGGGCGAGUUCCUGAACCGCUUGCUCGCAUGUGGCGAGCAGAACGGGAGUGCACUCGGUGGUCUUCAGUCAACGGCCCCGUCCACGGCGCAGUAG